AUGGAGAGUUUUUACAAUGAGAGCCAGAUCCAGCCGGACCGGCACCAGGUGGUCACCGCGGGCGCGGACAGCACCGGGCCGGGUGGAGGUAUCAGCCUGCGCGCGCUGACCGGCUGCGUGCUGUGCGUCCUGAUCGUGUCCACGCUGCUCGGGAACACUCUGGUGUGCGCCGCGGUCAUCAAGUUCCGCCACCUGCGCUCCAAAGUCACCAACUCGUUCGUCAUCUCGCUGGCGGUGUCGGACCUGUUCGUGGCGGUGCUGGUGAUGCCCUGGAGGGCGGUGUCCGAGGUCGCCGGGAUCUGGCUCUUUGGCCGCUUCUGCGACACCUGGGUCGCCUUCGACAUCAUGUGCUCCACCGCGUCCAUCCUCAACCUGUGCAUCAUCAGCAUGGACCGCUACUGGGCCAUCUCCAGCCCGUUCAGGUACGAGCGCAAAAUGACGCGCCGGUUCGCCUUCCUGAUGAUCGGGGUCGCGUGGACCCUCUCCAUCCUCAUCUCGUUCAUCCCCGUGCAGCUCAACUGGCACCGCGCGGACAACUCCAGCGCGGAGAACCCGGACGAUUGCAACGCCAGCCUGAACCGGACUUACGCCAUCUCCUCCUCCCUCAUUAGCUUCUACAUCCCCGUGGUGAUCAUGGUGGGGACGUACACGCGCAUUUUCCGCAUCGCGCAAACCCAAAUCAGACGGAUUUCGUCGUUGGAGAGGGCGGCGGGACCCCGUGCGCAAAACCACCGCCACCGCGCGUCGACGCACGACGAAAGCUCGCUGAAAACGUCUUUCAAGAGAGAAACGAAAGUUUUAAAGACCCUGUCCAUCAUCAUGGGGGUCUUCGUGUUCUGCUGGCUGCCGUUUUUCGUCCUGAACUGCGUGGUGCCUUUCUGCGAGCUGGCCAAACUGGGAGAGCCGCCGUGCGUCAGCGACACCACCUUCAGCAUCUUCGUUUGGUUCGGCUGGGCGAACUCGUCCCUGAACCCGGUCAUCUACGCCUUCAACGCGGACUUCCGGAAGGCUUUCUCCACCAUCCUGGGCUGCAACAAGUACUGCUCCUCCUCCGCGGUGGAGGCGGUGGACUUCAGCAACGAGCUGGUGUCUUACCACCACGACACCACCAUGCAGAAAGAGGCGUGCGCCGUGCCGGGCCCCGGGGCGCAGAGGCUCCUGCCGCCGCACACCGGAGGAGAUCCGGAGCAGAACUUCGACAAAGUUUCCGUCAUUUCGGAUGAUUCCCGAAACCACAGCAACCUGCUGCUUCCCGCCAUCCUGCAGUACGAGUGCGAGGCGGAGAUCUCUCUGGACAUGAUGCCCUUCAGCUCCUCCGGACCCACAGACUGCUACGUGAUUCCGGGUCAGAUCCAGGACCUGUGA